AUGCCUGGUGGAAAGGGAAAGUCUAUCGGCGGAAAGGGUGGAAAGGGUGAUGCUGCGGGGAAGGCCCAGAAGUCUCACAGCGCAAAGGCUGGUCUGCAGUUCCCCUGUGGUCGUGUCAAGCGUUUCUUGAAGAACAACACACAGAAUAAGAUGCGUGUCGGAGCUAAGGCUGCGGUCUACGUGACGGCUGUUCUCGAGUACCUGACUGCCGAAGUCCUCGAACUGGCGGGUAACGCCGCCAAGGACCUCAAGGUCAAGCGUAUUACCCCCGCCACCUCCAACUGGCCAUCCGUGGUGACGAGGAACUUGACACUCUUAUCCGCGCAACCAUCGCUUUCGGUGGUGUCCUACCCCGCAUCAACCGUGCGCUUCUCCUGA